AGAACGAUAUUCGUCCAUGCCUGAGGGCCGUCAGGAAUCGAUGGACUCCAGGAAGAUAAGAGUCGUUCUGGCCAGUGUGUUGGCUGUUGCCUGUAUCAUAGCCAUAUGUUGGGUCAACAACCAAGGGAGUGUGGGAGAAUCAACCUCGUUGAGACAGAUAGAUUUUCGAGCAUUCGACAAGCAACUAUCUCAUGACUGGAUUGCUAACAAGAGGGCAAAGAAGUCGAAAUCUUCUUCCAUGCUCGCCAUUCAAAAGCAGAGAUUGAAUGAUGAACGAAAGGAAUUGGCGCAGAGAAGACUUGAAAUGAAGAAGGUGGCUGAAGAACGUGCCAUGGAGCAGAUGGAGCGAAAGAUCGAAAUGGAAGCAACAGAUCAAUUGUCAAAGCACAACUCCAUGCUCUCGAAUGCCAUUGUUGCCUCUGCCCCUCAGAUGCAGUCUCAGGUAGUGUUUCAAGGUCAAUUCCAACCUGGGGCAGAUGCGAAGUCUCCUGGCGAAGCAGCAGCAGAGCUUGCAGCAUGGGGCUCUGGCAGCAACAAAGCUUGGGCGAAGAUAUUGCAUCAGGAAAGAUAUCCAGGCAAAUCAGUCCGCUCGUCUCAUGCGGGCGCCCAUGCUGGUGCUCUGUCUUCCCAUCCUGACAGGCGCCAAGUGCUGUCAAGUGCCAAGGAAUCUUCAGCUCAGCAUGGAGAAGAUGCGAAGAAAACUUCGGAUGUCGAGACGGAGACGCUGAGGAUGAAGGAGCUGGAAUUGGAGUCUAAGCUUGCCAAGGAAGAAGCUCAAAAUGCCGAAUUGAAGGAGAAGCUGAUUAACGCCAAGCUUGAGGCGGAGAAGCAGCGCAAUGAGAAGGUCGAAAAGAAUGCUGCUCUCGACAAGAAUCCCCAGGAAUCUGAUGCAGGAAGCUUCCUCUCUGCUCAUAUUGUGCCGGAGACGCUGAAGAGAGCUGCUCAAGAAGUUGCAACAGCAGCAAUUGCGCACAGUCGG